GAAGGAGUUGGACUGUUUGAUUUAUUUUGUUUUCAAUACCCGGUACAGUAUGUGGCAGCAAUACACCAAUAGGUAUAGUCUGACAUAACAUUUUAAGAAGAAGUGAAGCGCGACGUCAACACUGAAACGUCACCAUUGUGUGCCCUGCCAUCUCAUGUCGUCGAUUUAAGCUGAAUUAACUACUUGUGAAUAAUUUGACGAAUAUUCACGUACGGUUGGCUAAUUCUGCUCGAGAGUAACAUAAAAGUAAAGUAAAGACUAGUUGGAACGUCUCUAAGUUAUACAUUGCCAUGGCGUCUCCAGGGGGACAGGGAGGAGGGGCAGUGUCUACAAGAGGAGCAGGAGCUAGGAGGAUGAAAUGGGCUCUGGAGUUGAGCUUGGGCAAUGCUAGGGGUCGUGGAGACAGACAGAGUAACCAGGGAGAUGUGAUGUACCCCAUUGGAUACUCAGACAAACCAGUCCCAGACACCAGCAUCCAGGAAACAGACAAAAACCUGGUGGAAAAGCGUUGUUGGGACGUGGCCCUGGGCCCUCUGAAGCAGAUUCCCAUGAACCUUUUCAUCAUGUACAUGUCUGGGAACACCAUCUCAAUCUUCCCUAUCAUGAUGGUCUGUAUGAUGGCCUGGAGGCCCAUCCAGGCUCUCAUGUCCAUGUCUGCCACAUUCAAGCUGUUGGAGAACUCUAACCAGCAGUGGCUCCAGGGGCUUGUCUAUUCUGUAGGGAACCUGUUGGGCUCGGCAUUGGCUAUCUACAAGUGUCAGUCAAUGGGUCUUCUCCCAACUCACUCCUCUGAUUGGCUCGCUUUCAUAGAACCGCCUCAGAGGAUGGAGAUCAUGGGUGGAGGGAUGGUAUUGUGAAGAGGACAGAAGACACACACAUACUGAAAUAUGCUGAACUGUUCUGUUAAUACAUUAAAUCUCUUCCAAGUCUUUUCAA